CUCUCUUUUUAUAUUUUAUAAAUAAUGGUUAUUCAAUCUACUCUCCCAUCUAUUACCAUUCCUGAAACCGAUAUUCUUCAACUCUUGUUUAAGAAUGUUCACAAGACUCCCGAAAACAGAAAACUUUACAUCGAUGCAUUUUCAGGCGAAAGCUUAACUCUGGGACAACUCAAAGAUAAUGUUUUGCGUUUCGCUGCUUCCCUUCAAGACAGUUUCAAUUUCCAAAAGGGCAACGUCGUAGCUAUCUAUGCUCCUAAUCAGUAUGAUUAUUCUAUUCCUUUACUUGGUGCUGUUGCUGCAGGUGGCAUUGCUUCUCCUGCUAAUCCUGCUUACACCCCUAAAGAACUUGCUUACCAACUUGAAAUGACUAGCGCAAAAGUUUUAAUUGCACACCCCACAAAUGUCGAAUCUGCUUUAGCAGCUGCUGAUUUGGUCGGACUUCCAAAGUCAAACGUAUUUGUUUUCGGUAAACAAGUCAUCAAUGGCGUUGUUCCUUAUUACCAAGCCUUCUUAACAAGUCAACGUAGAGCUGACUUGAUCCGUCUUAACGCUGAAGAAGCUAAAGACACUGUUGCCUACCUCUGUUUCUCAUCUGGUACUACAGGUAAAAGCAAGGGUGUCAUGACAACACACACCAAUAUCACUUCCAAUAUUCUUCAAUAUGAAGCUCUUGAUGGUAAACAUGUCAAUGGUGACAAUGAUAGAAUGAUUGGUGUUUUGCCAUUCUUUCAUAUCUUUGGUCUUACCUUGUUAUUACACAUUGCCGUAUACUUGGGCACCCCUGUUUUUGUCAUGUCUAAAUUUGAUCUUGUUCAAUUCUGUGAGACUGUUCAAAAGCAAAAGAUUACUUUUACAUGUUUAGUACCUCCCAUUAUUUUGCUUUUGGCCAAGCAUCCUCUUAUUGAUCAGUACGAUUUCACUUCUCUCAAACUCGUUAUAUGUGGUGCUGCUCCAUUGAGUGGCGACCUUUCUCGUCAAGUAAGAGCUCGUUUGCCUAAUUUGGUGGUCAAGCAAGGUUAUGGCCUGACCGAGACCUCUCCCUGUGCCGUUAUUGAACCUACAGAUCGUGUUGUCGAUGGUUCCAUUGGUCUUCUUGUCUCCAACAUGACCGCCAGAAUUGUUGAUGACGAUGAUAAAGAUGUGCCUACUGGUGAACGUGGUGAAUUAUGGCUCAAGGGUCCCAAUAUUAUGAAGGGCUACAUUAACAACCCUGAGGCUACUGCAGACUGUAUUGAUAAUGAAGGCUAUUUCCACACUGGUGAUAUUGCCAUUCAAGAUAAGAAUGGUCAUUUCUUUAUCGUUGACCGAAAGAAGGAAUUGAUUAAAUAUAAGGGUUUCCAAGUCCCACCUGCAGAAUUAGAAGGAAUUUUGCUUCAAUCACCUAUUAUUGCUGACUGUGCAGUUAUUGGUGUUUAUGAUAGCUCCCAAGCUACUGAACUUCCUAGAGGUUAUAUCACUUUAAGACCUGAUGUUCCUGCUACAAUCGAAACAGCUGAUAUCAUUAAGAAAUUCGUUGCUGAUCAAGUUGUUUACUAUAAGCAAUUGCGUAGUAUUGUCUUUAUUGACGAAAUUCCCAAAAGUGCUGCCGGCAAAAUUCUUAGAAGAGUCUUACGUGAUGCUGCUGCUGCCGAACAAGCAUUGGAGAAGCAAAAAUCUAAACUCUAAGAUACCCAUCAGGUUUUUUUUUAAAUUGUUCCCUCAUUCGCCCCCAUUUAUUAGAAUAAUUUUUUUGACACAAUCCCAAAAAUCAAUAAAUAUGUAACACCUUUCAAUACCUAAAACAAA